AUGAUUGAGAGUGGUGAAGAUUAUAGUUUAGGCUUUCCCACUAGUCCAAAAACACCUAAUACAUAUUCACCUGAAUUGGAACGAUUAUGGCGUGAGACAUCUCAUCUUCGUGGUGAUCCAUCACUUAUACUUGAGACACCCAAUGUUUAUGAGCAAGCAGCUCGUCUUAAAAAACUUGGUGUUGUCGAUCAUAUAAGUCAAUUUGACAUAAACUGUCCUCAAAAUAUAACUGAUGAAUUAAGCAAAACACCAUCGGCUAUGUCUUUUUCAUCAUCAUCAUCGACUUGUUCAUCUGAUUUAAGUCCACCUGCUCAUCUUGUUCCACUUCAAAUGCAUCAUCAUUAUCAUCAUCAUCAUCCAUAUUCAACUACAACACAAGCAAGUGAAGUUUCAUAUCAACACCCAGGUUCAAAAAUUCGUACAAGUCCAUUAAUUCAUUCACCUACGGCUUUACUUCUUUGUCGAAAACGUCUUCCAUUAGAUAAUGAAUUAGUCAAUGAUGAAUUGUCUCCAACAACAACAUACGAAAAUUUUAUGGAAAAACAACGUCUAUCAACAUGUUAUUGUCGAUACCAUAAUCAAACAACAAAUACAGCAUUACCUUGUUCAAACCCAAUUAACAAUAAUACACAAAUUAUUAAAACAGAAUCUAUACAAUAUUCAUCAGAUUAUUCAAUGGAUUUUGAACAUCAAUUAUAUGAUGAUAAAACAUUUUCAACUACAUCAUCAGAUGCAUAUUCAUCAUCAUUACUUAUUCCUAUUUCAUUCCCUAUUGAUAAUACUCAAUCAUCAUCACCAUCAUCAUCGUCAAUUCCUGAUUAUAGUUUAACUUCUCCAAUGGGUGGAUUUGAUCAAACUGGUAUCAACGAUAUGUGGUCUCCAUCAAUUGUACCAAAAGGUCGGAAACGUUCAUCAACAAAUACAUCAAAUGGACCAAAAACAAAACGCAAAGCUUCUUGUUCAUUACAGGAUAAUAAUACAGAAGGAGAUGCACAACGAAAUAAUACUGUGAUUCAUGUAUGUAGUCAUCCAGGAUGUGGAAAAAUAUAUAACAAAUCAUCACAUUUACGUGCUCAUGAGCGAACACAUACAGGUAUUAAACCAUAUUCGUGUCAAUGGCCAGCGUGUGGUUGGAAAUUUGCACGGUCGGAUGAAUUGACACGACAUUAUCGAAAACACACUGGGGUCAAACCGUUCCCGUGCAAAUUUUGUGAUCGAGCUUUUGCUCGCUCUGAUCAUUUAACACUUCAUAUGAAACGUCAUCUUUAG